UAUCACAAUCCUAAGGAUAAACAUCAUUAUGGAAACUGAGCUGUUUGCAGCUGUAACAGCUGGUGAGCUGGAGAAGGUUAAAGAGCUGCUGAAGAAAGAGACAAAAGAAACUAUUGAUCAGGUUGAUUUUUAUGGUUACACUGCACUCCAUGCUGCAGCAGAAAAUAAUAGAUGUGAACUGAUCCCUUUAAUACUAGCUGCAGGAGCUGAUAUAAACCGAGCAACCUAUGAUGCUUCUUUUACACCUCUUCAUCAUGCUCUAGCUAAUGGACACUUUGAAUGUGCCAGGAUUUUAAUUGACAAGGGUGCAGACUUGAAUAUACUAAAUGAGGCUGGUGUCUUUGGAUCAAGUAUUCAUUAUGCUAUCUUAAAGGACAAUGAGGAGUUUGUGAAGUUAUUAAUCAGUAAAGGAGCAGAUGUAAAUCUAUGUUCAGGACAAGGAUUUUCUCCACUGUACCAGGCUAGCAUGGGAAAUCAACCAAACAUAGUGAAGCUUCUUCUAGCAGCUGGAGCAGAUGUAAAUGUGCCAGAUGAAGAUGAUCUUACACCUCUUCAUGUUGCUGCCAGGGAUGGUGCAGGAGAGGUAGCACUUCUUCUAGUCAAGGCUGGAGCUAACCUAACAGCUAAAAAUAAUGAAGGGAAAACUCCAAGUGAAUUGGCAGAUUUUGUGAAUGAGUCUGAAAUGAAGGAAUUUCUGUUAAAAUGUGCAGCAGGGACUAUACCAGACACAGCACCAGCAGCUAGGGUGCGAGCUGCUCCCGUUAUGCGUGAAAUUAUUGUUCCUGAGGGCUGGGGACCUGGCUAAUAUUGUCUAGAGUAUACAGAAUAUAUACAAUCUAACCAAGAACUUCAGAAACAUCGAGAGAAUUUAUAAAAUAUCGUCUUGACAAUUUUUAAUGGGAAUUAUACUAAAAUACCUAAAUUUCAGUAAUUGUAUAAAAUAAAUAAAAAGUCAAAGAAAUGCGUGAACAAUUUUAAAGAGCUUCAUUUAAAUAUUUACUUAAACUAGAUAUCUGAAGCUACCAAUAUCAGUAGGUUAAGAAAACGACAUUUUAACUAUUCUUUUGAUGUCUAAACAGUUCUAGGUUAUACUUUAUAUACUCUGUAUGUAAUCUGUAAUCUGGAAUUUGGAAUCUGUAAUCUGAAAUCUGUAAUCUGUAAUCAGCAAUAUCAAAUCUUUUAGAGUUUUAAAUAAAUUACCCUAACUUGUGAA